AUGUUUUAUGAAAAUAUACCAUUUCAAUAUCAAUAUCGUCAACAAGAAGACAAAAUGCCAUUAAACUCUCUUACAUUUAAAGAGUUUGUUCGCAGUACGUCUUCUUCUUCUUCUUCUUCUUCUUCGUUAUCAUCUUUUUCAUCCGCUUCUAAUUCAUCAUUAUCAUUGCCAUCAUUACGAGAAAAACCUACUACACAAUAUGAUCAUCAACAUUAUUGGAAUCAUUCAACAACACCAUUAUUAAAUCCUAUCAAAAUGGCACAAUCAUCUUCAACUGUUGCAUUAUGUUCAUCAUUUUGUCAUACAAUAUUUAUUACAAUAAAAAAACGACGAUUAAAUUCGACUACUACUACCACUACUACAACCACCACCACCAAUAAUAAUAAAAUAAUAAAUAAUUCACAUAAUAAAAAACAAAUAUUACCUUUAACACCGAUUGUUGUCUAUAGAAAUGGAACAAAAUUAUCUCAUAUUAAUUUGGAUAACGACGUGAAUAAUAAUAAUCAUAACCAUGAAAUAAUAAUGAAUAAUCACAAUGGUAGAUUACCAUCACUGUCUUUAUUUUUUACGGAUAAUAAUAUACAACAACAAUUUUCUACACAUGGAUUUGAUUCAAAAAUACGUUCGAAUCCAUUAAAACAAAAACAAAAUAUACUUUUAUUAAGUGCAACAUCAUGUAAACAUUCAAAAUAUUUACGUUCAUCAUCAAUUAAUGCAUCGAACAAUCCACCACAAUUGUCAAAUACCACACUCAUUAAUACUCCAGAUCAUCCUCCAAUUAAAUCCACAAAUUUCUCAUCAUCGUUAAAUAACGGUCAUGAUCAUCAUCCAAUUCAACGAUAUCCUCCUCCUCCUCCUUCUUCAUCAUCGAAUGAAAUACGACAUAAAAGUGAAAUUGAAAUUGAAGUCAAACAUAAUAAUGAAGAACAACAACGAAAAGUACAAUCAAAAAUCUCAUCACCACCCUCUUAUUCUGGCAUCAAUUCACUUUCACGUUUGAACAAACAACAACAACAACAGCAACAGCAAAGAUCAUCGUCAUAUCACGAAGAACAGCAACAAUCACAGCCUCCUUCUUCUCAAACACCUCAAUAUCAACUGCAACAGUCAAAAUCACAACAACGACGUUGGCCAGAAUCCAACGGACAAACGACAACAACAAUUCAUACACAAACCCAUAAUACAUCUUCACAUAAUGAUUUUGUUGAAUUGCAUGCACAAUUAAAAUCGAUUAAAGAUGAAAAUUUAUCGAAAAAUGAAGAAUUACAAGCUAUUCUACAUGAAUUGACAGACUACCAAUUAACGAUUAAAAAUUAUGAACAACAAUUGUCAAAUGUUCGAAAAGAACGAGAUCAAUUACGACAAUCACUUCAUGAACGUCAAACAGAAUUACGUAAUUCAAAAGAAAAAAAUGAACAAUUACAACAAAUGAUAAGAAAUGAACAUGAACACAAUGACGAAAAAAAAUUAUUAUCACUAUUACAAGAAGCAACAGAAGAACGUGAUGAAUUAUUGCGUCAACAACGUCAAUCACAAGAACGUUUAUUAAAAUCAGAAGAACAAUCCAAACAUUAUGAAAAUGAUAAUGCUAAAAUGCGUGAUUUAUCAAUUUGUUAUAAAAUUAAGUUAGAAAAAAAAUCAGAAGAAUUAGAGAGAUUAAAUUCAGAAUUAAAUGAAUUGAAAAAAUUAAAUCAUAAAUUUGAACAAGAGAAUGGAAAAUUAAAAAUACAUUUAGAUAAUGAAAGAAAAAAAAUUGAAGAAUUAACACAAAUGAAGAGUACAAAUGAAAAUGAAUUACAAUGUCUUGUGCAAAAACAGCGUGCACAACGUUAUGAACAUGAAUCAAAAAUAGCUCAAUUGGAUGAUACUCUUAUACGACAACAAAAACAAUUUUAUCAAUCACAACAACAACAACGUUUAUUAGAAGAAAAAUAUUUAAAUGAACAAGAAGAAUUAAAAAAACAUAUUAAUGAAUUAGAAAUGAAAAUUGAAGAAGUAAUUAAAGAAAAAGCUUUAUCACAAAUUCGAUGUGGUGAAUUAAAUGAUGAAAAUCGAAAAUUAGAAAAAGCAUUAAUUGAUAAAGAAGAUGAUUAUGAAGAAAAAAUUGCUGCUUACAAAGAAAAAAAUGCAUCAUUAUCAACACAAGUUGAAGAUGUUGAAAAAAAAUUAUCAGAUAUUAAAAAGCAAUUAGAAUUAACAUUAAUUGAAAAAGAUGAAUUUCAAAAAGAUAUGUUAAUUGCUGUUCGAGUUGCGAGUGAAAUGAGACAUGAUGCAGAAGAUCGUUUAAACAAAGCAAAUGAAGAUUUAAAACGUAUGACUGAAUAUAUUGAACAUGAACGAGCUGUUAAUAAAGAAGUUCAACGUCGACAGAUGAAUUUACCACCACAAAAUCGAAUUUCAAAUGGUUUACCAGAUUUUGGUCCAGUAAGAAUAAAAGAAAUGAUUCGUACACUCGAAGCUAAUUCAAGAAGUGGUUCAAUAUCAUCGUCACCACCAGCCACUAUUCCAACAAUAUCAAUGUCCUCAAAUAAUGCUGUUGAACAAAUCGUUCGUCAACGACCAUUAUCUCAGCCAUGUACACGUUCAGAAACAACAAAUGCCGUUCUAACUAAUGGUCAUAGUCAACAUCGGCAACAAUUGGGUACAACUACGGACGAUGCUAAAAUGCUUUCUGUUAGAAACAGCAACAAUGAUCAACAAACAACUAUCCUAUCUACGUCUAAUUGUGCAAAUAACAGUUUAAGAUCGGUUAUGUCAUUAAGAUCAAUAACAACUGAACAAUACGAUGAAAUGAAAUGUAUCGUCGAAGCUGUUUAUACUCGAAUGCCAGGCUCUGUAUGUAAGCGAGAUGCAUUUCUAAAAUGGUGUGUGGAAAGAUUGGCUACUUAUGGAAUAACUAUCACAAAUUUCAGUAAUUCAUGGACAGAUGGCUUGGCUUUUUGUUCAUUGUUACAUAGUUAUUUACCGGAUAGAAUUAAUUUAGAUGAAAUCAAGAAUGAAACAAAGAGAAAACGAUUUGAAAUAGCAUUUAAUAUUGCAAAAAGUGUUGGAAUUGUAUCAAUUUUGGAUAUUGAUGAAAUGGUGAAUACUGAGUGGCCAGAUUGGGAAAAAGUUAUGUACUAUGUCGCAUUAAUAUUUCGACAUUUUGAAGGACUUGAUACUAUUCCAUUAGUAUCGACGACUACAACUAAUACCAAUCUGACGACUUGUAUCACCACAAAUGAUACAUCGCCUAUAUCGUCAUCAAAUUCUUCACCUACAUUUGCACAGUCAUCUUCUUCGUCUUCAAAUUGUUCAGCGUCUAUUCGACCAUCAGUAUCUAUUCCAACAACAUUAUGCUCAUCGGCAUUAGCUCAAACUGUCUAA